AUGGACGACCUGUUCGGCAAGAAGAAGGAGGUGGUCCCCAUUCUGGACCUGUCCCGGUCGACGGCGACCACCCGGGAAGAGUUCAAGAAGAUGUACGAAAAGGUGCCGGACUACAAGACGCGUCCGAUAAAGGUGCGGCCGGAGGAGAUUCGGUUCAAGGAUAAGGACACCAGCUACAAGAUGCCCAAGAAGGAGCUGAAGAUGCUGCUCAAGAACGGGGGCGAUCGGGACAAGCUGUACACGUACAUGGAUCCGAUUCCGACGGAGAUGCGGAAUUUGGUGAUUAUGGAGUUGUGCAGCGUGUCGAUCGACUGGAAGAUGCUGACGCCGCAGCGGCCAAAAACGAAGAUUGAGGAGGAGUACUUUAGCAAACUGGUGGAGCUCGGCAAGCUGCAGAUAAAAACCGAGCAACGCGAUAAGCGUGAGAACCAGCUCUCGUCGUCGGUGCGCAAGGUGAAGAACAAAUCCGGCAUCAUCGAGUCGCGGAUCUUCACGUGCAACGAGUGCGCCGAGGAGUUUUGCAACGGCAAGGUGUGUCUGGACUUUAACUACGACCUGUACACGCGGAUCGCACCGAAGGCGCCGAUCGUGAAGACGAACUCGCAGCAGCAGAUCAGCACCACGAAGAUACUGGCAGAGCUGAACCAGAAGAGCAUCGACAGCGGAAGCGGGGGGAGUACGUCGAAGAAGAGUGGAAUUGGGGGUGGCGGGAGGAGGUCGAUCCGGAGAAAGUCCAAGACGCGGUCCAAGUCGGCGGAGGAGGACGAUGGCAAUCAGAGUGGGGGUGGUGGGGGAGGAGGGGGAGCAGCUGGGGGUGGAGGGAAGAAGAAGACUAAGAAAUCGUCCAGGAGUAAAAGUCCGGGGAAGUAGUGAAGAAGGACAGGGGGAGAAUCAGGACCCUUUUCGAAAGUUACCUCUUUGUAGUCUCGUUUACGGUAUUAAAGCUAUUAUGAAAAAGUGUGUGUGAUCUUUUUUGUGAAAGA